AGUGGCGGCAGCGACGGCAGCGGCGGCGGCGGGUUCACUUCCAGGUUCCGCCGAGGCUGAAGAAGCUGAGGAGGCUGAAGAGGCCGGGCCGGGGCCGGGGCCGCCUCCCCGCGGAGCCGCCGCCGCCCGGAGCCUCCCGCGGGACCGCGACCAGCGUGGGCCCUGAGGACGAGGACGAGGCGAGCGAGGCGAGGCCGGCGCAGCCAUGGAGGAAGCAUCUCCCUUUUCCUUAUUGGAUAUUUGCUUGAAUUUCCUGACUACUCAUCUGGAGAAGUUCUGUUCAGAAAGACAAGAUGGAACUCUGUGUCUCCAAGAACCAGGCAUGUUCCCUCAAGAAGUGGCUGAUAGGCUCCUCCAGACUAUGGCCUUCCAUGGCCUACUAAAUGAUGGAACCGUGGGAAUUUUCCGAGGCAACCAGAUGCGCUUGAAGCGAGCUUGUAUCCGCAAAGCAAAGAUAUCUGCUGUAGCUUUCCGGAAAGCCUUUUGCCAUCAUAAGCUGGUAGAACUUGAUGCUACUGGUGUGAAUGCCGAUAUCACCAUCACAGACAUCAUCAGUGGGCUUGGCAGUAACAAAUGGAUUCAGCAGAAUUUGCAAUGCCUGGUGUUAAACUCACUCACCCUUUCCCUGGAAGAUCCUUACGAAAGGUGCUUCAGCCAGCUGUCUGGUCUUCGGGCUUUGAGCAUUACCAAUGUCCUCUUCUACAAUGAAGACUUGGCCGAUGUGGCUUCACUGCCUAGGCUAGAGAGUCUGGACAUCUCCAACACAUCAGUGACAGACAUCACAGCGCUGCUCACCUGUAAAGACCGGCUGAAGUCCCUGACCAUGCACCACCUGAAGUGCUUGAAGAUGACCACCACCCAGAUCUUGGACGUGAUUAGAGAGCUCAAGCACCUGAACCACCUGGACAUUUCUGACGAUAAGCAGUUCACCUCUGAUAUAGCUCUUCGCCUUCUGGAGCAGAAGGAUAUUCUGCCCAAUCUUGUGUCUCUGGACAUUUCUGGGAGGAAGCAUGUGACCGACAAAGCUGUAGAAGCUUUUAUUCAGCAGCGGCCUACCAUGCAGUUUGUAGGCUUGUUGGCCACUGAUGCUGGCUACUCAGAAUUCCUCACCGGUGAAGGCCAUCUGAAGGUAUCGGGAGAAGCUAAUGAGACUCAGAUUUCGGAAGCAUUGAAGCGAUACAGCGAGAGGGCCUUCUUUGUCCGGGAAGCCCUCUUUCACCUCUUCAGCCUGACCCAUGUCAUGGAAAAAACAAAACCUGAGAUAUUAAAGCUGGUGGUCAUUGGAAUGAGGAACCACCCCAUGAACUUACCGGUCCAGCUGGCAGCGAGUGCAUGUGUGUUUAACUUGACCAAGCAGGACUUAGCCGUGGGAAUGCCAGUGCGGCUCCUGGCUGACGUGACCCACCUGCUGCUCAAAGCCAUGGAGCACUUUCCUAAUCACCAGCAGCUACAGAAAAAUUGCCUUCUUUCACUGUGCAGUGACCGGAUCCUCCAGGAUGUUCCAUUUAACAGGUUCGAAGCUGCCAAGCUUGUCAUGCAGUGGCUCUGUAACCAUGAAGACCAGAACAUGCAGAGGAUGGCUGUGGCAAUCAUCUCCAUUCUUGCCGCAAAGCUUUCUACGGAACAGACUGCCCAGCUGGGAGCGGAGCUCUUCAUUGUCAGGCAACUUCUCCAGAUAGUGAAGCAGAAAACCAGCCAGAACUCCGUGGACACAACCCUCAAGUUCACCCUGAGUGCCCUUUGGAACCUCACGGAUGAGUCCCCGACAACCUGCAAGCAUUUCAUAGAGAACCAAGGGCUCGAGCUCUUCAUGAGGGUGCUGGAGUCCUUCCCGACAGAGUCCUCCAUUCAGCAGAAGGUCCUUGGCCUUUUGAACAAUAUAGCUGAAGUCAAAGAAUUACAUUCUGAGCUGAUGUGGAAGGACUUUAUAGACCAUAUUAGUAAACUCCUGCACAGUGUCGAAGUUGAAGUCAGCUACUUUGCAGCAGGAAUUAUCGCCCAUCUGAUAUCCAGAGGUGAACAGGCCUGGACGUUGAGCCGAACUCAAAGAAAUGCUCUCCUCGAUGACCUGCAUUCAGCCAUUUUGAAAUGGCCAACACCAGACUGUGAGAUGGUGGCAUACAGGUCUUUCAAUCCGUUUUUCCCAUUGCUUGGAUGUUUUGCAACCCCUGGUGUGCAGCUGUGGGCAGUGUGGGCCAUGCAGCACGUCUGCAGCAAGAACCCGGCCCGGUACUGCAGCAUGCUCAUCGAGGAAGGCGGGCUACAGCAUCUGUACAACAUCAAGGAGCAAGACCAGACUGACCCCCAUGUCCAGCAGAUCGCCAUUGCCAUCCUGGACAGCUUGGAAAAACACAUUGUCCGUCAUGGGCGGCCACCCCCAGGGAAGAAGCAGACCCAGGCCAAGCUCCACUGAGAGCCACGUGUCAUGGGGCCACGGAAGGCCCAGCACUGUGGUCGUGCUCCCUCCUCUGUGCUUUGGUCAGGAGGCCUGCUGCAGUGAGGAGCCUUGGUACCUUACCGCUGCAGGGUUAUUUAUUAGUGGAUGUGGACAUCGAUGCCCAUUCAAACAAGUCUCUAAUUCGUAUUGUGAGUUUUUAAAAAUUUAAGGCAAGAAGAGAAGGGCCCCACCCAUCCUUCUCUGACCGUUUAGAGACUUCCACAUAAUUCCUUUGGUGUGUGAGUAUACCUGUGCUUGUGAGGUUGUGCAUCAUUAUGAUAAACUUCAGUGCACGAGCCCACUGCAGAGUGGUCCACGUUCAGGAGAUCUGCAAACCCCUCCCGAGCAGGGUGGUGCUUGGUGUUCUCUGCUUCUGCCCAUGGGUGCCCUGGCCCCUCCAUCCUACACCAGGCCAUCCCUUGAGAAGGGGCAAGUGGCAGCACAGCUGCUGGAUUCUGAGUCCUUGCCUGGUGGAGGCCACUUGCCAGGCCAUUGCUGUUGGGCAUUGGAUGGAAAGGAGAAGGACCCCAGGCUAUACUGAGGGAGAGGCACGUGGCCUCUUUCCUCCAAUGCCUUCACUCACAUGGCCUCUCUCCUGGUGCAGCAGCCAAGCAUGUGUGCUCUCUCUUCAUCCUGAGGAGGCUGCUCAGCUGUUUUCUUGUAAAAGUUUUUGGUACCUAACCCCCUUGCCUCCUAAAAAGUCUUUCUGACUUGUUUCUUUGUGAAAUGUCCCAAGAUCCCCCUUGUUUAUAAGUCAGGUUGUGGAGGUGUGAAUCCUUAUACAGGAUCCUGUGGGUCACCCAGUCAUUUCUUCUCAAUUUCAUGUCUGUCUCUGUCCAGGGAGCCCAAGGUUGCACUUCAUGCUCCCCCACCCUGUUGGGAGAAAUGCUGGCAGUGAUGGGACCAGGGUCCUGACGUGCAAAGCCCUUGGUCAUCUCUGUGCUUGUUCUGACAUGUUGUCCCUGUCUCACUGCCAAAGGAGGAAAAGACAGCCAAGGAGAGAAUCUGGCACUUGCUGGGUAUCUGCUGACCCUCCUAAAAUUGAGUGCUGUUCUCGGAUUCUGCACAAUGGGGAAGAGUCAUCAGUGUUUCUAGCGAGGCCGUCUGAGAACACCAAGGGACUUCAUCAGUUUGUUACUAAACCCAUUCUGGGGGAAAGACAGAGUCCAUGUUUGCUUUACAACACAGCUGUCAUUUCCCUGGAACAGCCAGUGUUAAAUAGAGGUUUGAAUUGAUAUGUUUAAUUUAGACAGGGGAGGGGGGCUCAUUUCCUAAAGAAACUUCUCCUUUUUAAUGUGAUGUACUAGCAUGCAGUUAACAUCUUUGUUUGGUCUCAUUUCAUAUGACUAUGAGGAUAAUUCAACUUUAAUUUUUAAUCUGCUUGGUCAGAAUGAAAGUGGAAUUUCGCUAAAGGAAGAAAAUGAGUAAAUUCAUGGUGAUUGGAUUUCUUCCAGUCCUGUAGGGUCAGGAGGUCUUGUAAACUUGGCCCCUUGUCACAGGUGAGAUUUCCUUCUGGGGGACAUAGCAGAUUCUUUUUUUAGGGGGGAGAAAACCUGAUGUCACAUUCGUAUAAAAUUGAAUUUAAUUUCACUUUUUCUUUCUGGGUGUGGUUUGUUUAGCUGGUUUCUAAAACGUCAUGAACCAUACCAUGUGACACAUUGUUGAGGCAGAGCAUAUACUUGGCUGAUCAGAGCUGAGCUGAGGGCCAGGGACAGUUGUUUGCAGCCUCGAAGCUGCCAUCUUCUCAUCUGCUGCCUCCAGCCUGAGCACCCGGGAGGUGGGCAAAGAUCUGUGAGGACUUGGCUUCCCUCUUCUGUCCUACCCUACACAGGAUAAAAGCCUGUGUGCUGCUCACAUGGAAAGGUCAGCUGCUUCAUGAAAUCACUAAAAAUGUCUGGAAGAUGGAAAGGUGGUUGUUUUUUUUCCAUCUCUAUUAUGGUACAAGCAGAUGAGCCUUCCAGUGGAAACCAGGGAGCUGUUCUCUUAGCUUGAAGAUUUAAAGUUUAACCUUAACCCCACCCCUGCACCUCCAUCAGCAGUGGGCAGAACCUUUAGAGGAGGAGUCCCAGCCAGCAGGGAGCAUUUGCUCCGAUUGUGUUUAAAGAUGCUAGUGCCUUUCUUUCCAGGAUGGUUCUUAGCGAGGUGUGAUAGCACAUGGAGGCACCGGACUAUUUGGGAUAGACCCUAGAUCCAGCUGCGCUAUGAUAUCUGUGAACAGUGACCAUGGAGCUAACGUGACAGUCCAGGCCCCAGCCACAUGUGGAAGGCCCUGGCCCUCCCCGUUGCCAAGCAUUGUACCUUUGAGUAAUAGAGCACCAGAACAUGACAGCAUUUGGUGCCUUCCACAGUUCCCUCUCCUGUGACCCGGGGUACCUCAGCAAGCACAAAGUGGACGAGGCCCCCUCCACCUGUAGCAUCCGUGCCCUCUAUUCCAAGGGAAAGGAAUGAGGUGCAUUCUGCACCUCAGAACAUCUUCAGAGAGUUCAGGGUGCACCAGGAUGGAUAGUAAAUUAGAGCUGUGCAUGGCUAGGCCUGAAAAUUGGCCAGGACCAUUACUGACCUUUGCCUUUCCCCAAGUAUGUUUGGUUGUAACUUUAACACUACAUAAAAGCACCCUUAGUUUGUGCAGUGAGCAAGAAUUAAGAAGUGUUGGAGAGGCUUCCUUGGCUUCUCCAAUCAAGAAGUCAAUGCUUCCUACCUGUGGGAGCUGAAAGUUUGUUGUUUCUUGGUGUUUUUGUUUGUUUCUACUUAAGAAUGUAGGACCCAUCUCUCUAAGUCUGCACUCUAGGAAAGAGACUAUUGUGGUUAAGAAUGACCCUGUAGUGUCAAUUAACAGCUCACCUGUCCGUGCUGUGGAGGUGUGGAUGCCCAGAUAAUGGUGGGCCAUGAUCAUAUGAGGAGAUGGUUUGCAGGGAUCGCUUUAUCGGCAGGAAUUUGUACUUAGAAGCCCCAGUUCUGUAGAGUGGACUUAAGGGAAAUUGCUGCUGUUAAUGGAAGGUCUAGGGCCCAUGUAUUUGUGAUGUAAACUAACAUAUCCAUUGGAAGAUGUUUUUUAGCCCUUUCUGAUUUUUCCUUUACGGUGUUUCAAGAGCUACCCCUUCUAAUGAAAUCCCUCAGAUCACGUGCUGAGGGAAGAGGGACAAGAACAAUCUUGGUCCUGAGUCUGGAAGAGAGGUUGACUAUCCAUGAAUGUGGAGUUGCUGUCUGGCUUCCUCCCCUUCCUGCUGCUGCCUGUCACUCCCUCAGACAAGGGCAAAUGCAGGCAUGCAGUUGGGCUUCAGAUGGUCUCAUUUUCCAGAAGUGUGUGAGGUCCUGCUGGAACUGGAGGAAAAGCCUAUCUCCAUGCCUCUUGCCUCCUUUGGCUGUGACUCAUUGUUUCUUUCUCCCCCUGCCUAAUUUGAACAGAACCCAACAGAAAAACUUGAGAGCAUCUGCAUCUGGUACUCAGGUUCUCUCGCCACAUUUGAUUGGAUGUCCUGCAGCUUUUGGCCUGAGGCCAACAGUACUGGUCAAGCCUCAGCUAAAUAAAGGUCUUCAAUCCUCGAAUGGCUAAGACUGUAGCCUGCUUGCCAUCUGUUAGCUGCUGGCGAGGUGGGCUUCGCUCUGGGGCUGUGCCUCCCACCUGCCUCUGACUCAGGCUUGUGGAUGUUUGUGUCCCCUGCAUUCAGUCUCACUCAAAUGUUUCAGACUGUGGUGUUGGGGAAUAGAGUGUAUGUAUCGAGUGUUUGAAUUUCUGGGUGACAAACCUUGACUUGUCUCUUUGGGGAAUAGAGUAGGCCCUAUCUUCAAAGGAUGAUGUGUAUGGUGUAUGAUGAAACCACUAGGAAAAGAGUUCAUUGAGUGGCCUUUAAAUUAAUCAGUGUAUCUUUUUUUUUUUUUUAGCUUAGCACAGGUGCUACUGCUUUGGAUAUGCCCUUUAAUCCUUGUAGGAGGAUGCUUCAGGUGGUUAGAGUUCUAAAUGGGCCACUUCUGCCCCACCCCAAGUCUGCUGGAAAGGAGCUCGGGGGCAAGUAGGCCCUCUCUCCUUGCUGUGAUGUUUGGUUUGGAGCAGGCACAGUGAGGGGCCCUGCCUGAUGGGGGCUGCCAAGGUCUCUCAACACCCCAGCCAGACGUGGCAAAGUCACUUGGUGGGAAGUCCUGGGGAUCUUGAGGUUUGAUCAGGUGUUCUAUUUUAGAUUCAUUUUUGCAGAAUUCUACUUCAGUUCCUUUUGGGGGUAGAUUCAGAUUAGCCAAGUAGUCAAUAAACAUGGGCUUUUGCAAGAUUAAGAAUUCAGGAGCAUAAAGAGGGAGAUGAGCCCAGGUCAUCAAAUUGGCCUGGUUAAAUAAAUACAAGCUGCGUCUCAGACAUUUUCAGGAGUUCCAGGAGCCUUGGGCUCUCUCUGAUUUUUUCCAUCUGUUUUUCUAUCGCUUUGGUUUUCAGCUCUGUUCAGUUCCUUGCGUCGUAGCUUAUUGCGAAUCCAUCAGAAAGCAUGAUGUUGGUACCUUUUUCCCCCAAAGGUUUUGUUAUCUGGCCCCAGUGCACUGUUACUGCUGUGACCGGAUAGACGGGGUUAGGCUGUGUCUGGAUGGUGCCACACUUCCAACCAGUCCAUUGCUUGUGUGAACAUUUGGGGGAUGAGGGGGUGCUGAGAAGAAAGGGGUGUUUGGGUUUGGGGCCCAAAUAAAUGUUAUAAAUCUUGUGUAUGAA